AUGAGUUCGAUGCUCAAGACCCGCAGGAAGAAGAAUGUCAAGAAGGGAAUCCAGUUUUGUCUGAUGGUGUGCGGCGCCUCAGGCACAGGACGAACCACCUUCGUGAAUACGCUCUGUGGCAAGAAGGUCCUCCAGCACAAGGACUCGGACGACCCGACCGCCGCACACGUCGAAGAGGGCGUGAAAAUCAAGCCCAUCACCGUCGUUUCGCCAGAGCUAGAGCUCGAUGAGGAGGGCACCCGCAUCUCCCUCACCAUCGUCGACACGCCCGGCUUCGGUGACCAGAUCGAUAAUGAGGCCAGUUUCUCGGAGAUCGUUGGCUACCUGGAGAGGCAAUACGAUGACAUUCUUGCCGAGGAGUCCCGUAUCAAGCGUAACCCUCGUUUCCGUGACAAUCGAGUCCACGUCCUUCUCUACUUCAUCACCCCUACUGGCCAUGGACUCCGUGAGCUCGAUAUCGAACUCAUGAAGCGCUUAUCGCCCCGUGUCAAUGUCAUCCCCGUCAUUGGAAAGGCAGACUCCCUCACGCCUGCCGAGCUCGCAGAGUCGAAGAAGCUGGUCAUGGAGGAUAUUGAGCACUACCGCAUUCCAGUGUACAACUUCCCGUACGAUAUUGAGGAGGACGACGAAGACACAGUGGAGGAGAACGCCGAGCUCCGUGGGCUCAUGCCAUUCGCUAUAGUCGGGUCUGAGGACGUGGUUGAGAUCAGCGGCCGAAAGGUGCGCGCCCGACAGUACCCGUGGGGUGUGGUCGAGGUUGACAACCCCCGACACUCCGAUUUCCUCGCAGUCCGGAGCGCCCUCCUUCACAGCCAUCUUGCCGAUCUGAAGGAAAUCACGCAUGACUUCCUAUACGAGAACUACCGAACCGAGAAGCUCAGCAAGAGCGUCGAGGGUGGUGCCGCUGCGGACUCGUCAAUGAACCCCGAGGAUCUUGCCAGCCAGUCGGUCCGCCUGAAGGAGGAACAACUCCGUCGCGAGGAGGAGAAGCUGCGCGAGAUCGAGGUCAAGGUGCAGCGCGAGAUCAAUGAGAAGCGACAGGAGCUGCUAGCCCGCGAGAGCCAGUUGAAGGAGAUCGAGGCCAGAAUGCACAGGGAGCAGAGCGGCCAGCUAGCGGAGCACGAUGCCGAGGAGGCUUGA